AUGCGUAAUGUACGUCCCCUGUACACACCGAUACGGCUCACAGACAAGGCCGCGUCCAUUAGAUUCGUGAUAGCGUUGAUCACGGCGUACUGUUAUUCUCGGUGGAUGGAACAAAUCUUUAAGUCGACGUUAUACGGUCCUAGGAUCCAUGCGAUAGAUCAUAUGUCCGAGUUCAGGGGCUCUCUCACCAACUCUCAGGUUCGAGCACAUUACCACAGAGAUACAACUACAAUCGAUCGCUACCUUACAGCACGCCCACCAUAUUCUCCUUCGAAAGCUGUAUCAUAA